CCUGCCCCAGAGGUCCAGAAUAGGCCAGGUCGGCCGUGUUGGCCUUCCACUGGAAAUGGGAUCACGACGAUGGGGUCGACCGGAAAGGUGAGGGCUGACGACGCGUCCGCCCCGAAGCAGAAGGUCGAAUGGGGGGAUCUGCGCUCGUCCCGAAGGAACUCCGUCUGGGGUUAAAUUCUAAUCCGACUUCAAUCUAUCCUGCAGCGCUGCCAAGAUGCCUGGUGCUGCAGCUCGUUGCUAGUUUUGAAUGUCGAGCUGCCAGCUGCAGGUUGCAGAAUUCCGUCGGAUGCAGGGCGACGCAGCCCUGUCUGGCUGUGCGGGAGCAUUCGGGGGUUUUCCGCUGCAGAGAUGCAGAGAUUAGUGCCUAUCGACCCCUUUCUUUUCCGCAAGUCCUGCAAACCCUAAGAGGAGGAAGGGGAGGAGGAGGAGGAGGGAUGUGUCGCUGAGUCGGUAAGCAGAUCCGGGGACAUGACCGCCCCUCGUUCCAACGC